AUGGACGGACGGCUACCAACAACCAUCCAGGAGGCGGAAGCCCUUGUUCUCGCUCUUUAUGAGCCAGCACCCCCCGAGACCAUUACCCGCAUACAGGAAGUAUUGCACCGUCUGCAAAGAUCACCUUCCGGCUGGUGGAUUGCUCGUGAUCUCUUGAGCCAUAACGACGACAAAGUCAAGUUCUUUGGCGCCCUCACCCUCAUCGUCAAGUUGAAUACUGAGAGGUACAUCCCCAUUCCCCUGACCUCUAAAAGGCAUUCAUGGGUCUGGUUCUCUCAGCGAGUGUCCUCGCAAAAUGACGAGCUAGUUGCCUCUCUCCGCACUUUGAUACAGCCUACGAUCGUGGCCCUAGGCGAUGAAGAUUUGUAUGAAGUUGCGGUGGAAUUACUUGCCGACGUUCUGUCUAAUUACUCGGUUUUCUUGACCGAGAGCCACUACGAGUCCCUGUUUUCCCUUUUUGAAACGCAGUGGUCUGAUGAAAGAUACCGCCGUCUAGUUAAAGGCGACUUUGACUUCGACUCGAUUCAGUACGGCCAGCUUAUGAUCUCGCUGGGUGACUCCAAGGUUCAGAGUCUCAUUCACAGUGUGGACAACCGGUCAUCAAACUUCCUGGCACGCCUUCGAGGUCUGCUGUCUGCCCAGGGUUAUCCUGUAAGCGAAGACAAGAUAUUCGUUCCCGCCCUGGAGUUCUGGUCUACAUACGUGGAGACCUUGACGGACUGCAUCUAUUCGGACUCGGAUUCAAAAGCCUGGGUGUCCUCAGCCACUUCUCACGUGCUCGAGGCUGUGUCGACUAUUUGGCGACGAGUGGCAUAUCCGCCACCUAGUGUGCUAGCUAGCUGGGAUUCAGCGGAUCGGGCAGGCUUUGGCGAUGCAAGGAAGGAUGUUGCAGACCUUCUGCAGUCAACAUUCACCGUGACUGGCCCGCCCUUGAUUUCAACCUUUGCAAACUUAACGCUGCAGUCUAUGUCGCCCAACUCCUGGCCAGAUCUCGAGGCAGCCGCCUUCUGUCUCGGAUCUUUGGCCGAAUGUGUCUCCGGAGACGCCGGAUGUGACGACACUCUCCGAGCCGUUUUUUCCUCGCCUCUCUUUGAACUUCUCCAGGCAUCGCGAGAAAUCAUGCCAGGGCGCACUCGUCAGACGUGUAUAUCUUUGAUUGAGCGAUAUUCUGAUUACUUCGAGCGAGAAUCCCAAAGUCUCCCGGCCGCUUUGACGUUACUUUUCUCUGUUCUGAAUGAUCCUCACCUGGCAGGGUCUGCUGCGAGGUCCAUUCAGAGGCUGUGCUUCUCCUCUCGAUCUGUUCUGGCGCCUGAGGCGAGUGCGUUCUUGGGGCAGUACCAGUCUAUUGCCUCACAGGGUCAGCUAGACUGUCUGGCUAGCGAGCGAAUAUUAGGUGCCAUAGCUGCCGUCAUACAAGCCGUGUCACCUGAUGACGAAAGACUCGAUCGCUUAGAGGUUCUUCUCUCAUUUGUCGAAUAUGAUGCCCGCAGGGCAAUACACCUGCUAUCGAUGCCCCUGGGCUCGCCUGAGGUCCAGGGCGAGUGCGACACUCAUCGUUGUUCGGCCCUCUCUGAGUUAUCAGAGUUCCCGCUACACAUUGCCCUGAAGUCGUUGAGGGGUCUCAUCAGCAUCGGCAAAGGUCUUCAGGCACCUGGAGAUCUACCUCUGGACCUGGACAGCGAAAGGGAACACACCUUUGUCGACCAGGGCUCCAGACUUGGCCAGAUACAGUCUAGAAUUAUGUCUGUGGUUGUUGAGCUUCAAGCCUCUUUUCCACGAAGCGGAGAAGUGGCUGAGAGCAUCUGCAAUAUCUUCAAGACAGGGUUUUCAGAGUCAGAGACUGGGCCUUUCGUGUUCCCACCGCAGCUUAUUUGUGACUACUUGGCUCAGCAAGCGUCCGAUGUGCCUCGUAUUGGGUUGUUUGUGAGCACUGCCUGCUCUUUUCUGAGUUCUCUGAGAAACUUGAAAAGAAACGACGUGGAGGACAUUAGAACCAAAUUACUCAGAUGGGUCAUAGGUCUUUUGCAGCAACUGCCGGAGAAUGACACAGAACUGGCGCAAAACGGCAUCGAGUUCACGAAUCGCCUCGUAUCUCGCGAGCCGACUGCGCUAUUUCGGCCCGAAUGUCUCCCGCUAGCUGAAUACUUCUUCGUGUAUGCGUUGAGGGCUACGUUUGUGUCGCUCAAGGAUCCUGAUAAGGGAGCGCAAGCGACAAUUGACCACGCCGUUGCUCAACUGGGGCCGAUGAUUGCACAGUCUAUUGUUCAAAAUAUUGGCGGCAACGCCUCGAGGAGUGAGCUGGAUAGGCUCGGCGAACCCUUGAAAAGGAUGGUCAGCAAUCAGGUAAAGGCCCGCGCUUGGCUCGAGCAAGCCUUGUUCGACCCUUCUUUUCCCGGCCAGCACAUUUCGAGUGAGGAGAAGGCUGUUUUCCUGAAAAAGAUUAUCAAGUCAGUACUGUUCUUUGACAACGUAUCUCUGCGGAUGAAUCAUAAUCACUAA